GCCCAUAGGUAAAUGCAUGGGAGCCAUGACAGGACGCUCAGCUGGAAACACACAGGGAGGUCGGGCUGAUCUGUGUGGAGGGUCUGAUUGGCUACCUGCAGAAAUAGGCAACAAAAGAAGAAGACAUAAGAUCAAGACCAGAGAGUCGACGCUCACUUUGGACCUAAGAAGGAAGAGUGCCUUUGCAACAGCUGGAUGAGAGCGGGGAAACAUCUGCAGAAGAUGAGCGCCGUUGUGUCGCUGCUGCUUCUGCGUGAAACAUCUCCGGAAUGAAGCCGAGCUCUCAUAGGACAUGAUGCAACCCACGCUGAUUUUAAAACGACACGAGAACCACCAGAGAUGAGUCAAAGAACCGCUGAGGAAUUACACUCUCUUCCACAGAGGGGGUUAUCUACAUCUUCUACAUCUUCUCUGAAAAGACGACUUGUAAGGCUUGCAAGAAAGUCCAGUGAUGGAUCUCUUCGGUCAAGUUCGUCUACCGGCAGUUCGUCCACUGGCAGGUCGGCCGAGGCUGUGGCUUUCAGACAGCCGAGCAAGAGCCGCAUCCGUCACCACACCAACCGCCUCUCGGGAGUCUUCCUUCGCGGCGGCGGCGGCGCCGCCUCUGGCUCGCUCUCCAUGGCCAUGUCCACCCAAAGCGGGAAAGGAAGCGCGAGUAGAGAUGGCAAAAUUGCGGACGACCCCUGUGAGCUGUCAAUCCAGUUGAGUGCUCCCGGAAUUUUGAAGAUCUUUGGAAGCGAGAUCUGUAAAGGAGCUCACUAUAAGAGUGUCUUGGCCACCACACAUUCCAGUGCAAAAGAGCUGGUCAAAGAGGCCCUUGAAAGGUAUGGCCUUGGGAAAGAAGAGGCAAGUUCCUAUGUUCUGUGCGACACCAUCGGCUUCAUUGCCGAGCGCCAGUGGAAAACCGAAGGCUUCCGAGCGGUGGGCGACAACGAGAAGCCGCUCCUCCUGCAGUCGUUAUGGAAACCAAGGGAGGGCCUCGCCAGACGCUUUGAAAUCCAGAGGCGAAGCCUGGUGGAAGAGCAGACGGCCAAAGAAAAAGACACCAUCACUGCUGGGAUCAACGCCCAGGCCCGUAAGCUCCAAAAGAGUCGCUCCAGAGUUAACUCCACCCUCAUGGAGAGAACAAUGAGUCGAAGCCAAAAACUUUGGAGGAGUAAAAGUGAGAUGGACCUUAUCGAUGGCGAUUCAGUCAAUCGGGAUCAAAGUAUGUCCUUGAAUGGAACGUUAGUGGAGAGCCGUGAGGGCCCAGAAGUCAGGGACAUUAAACAUGCAGUUCCCUCUAAGGGGGAUGGUGCGUUGCAAGCCAAAACAGAAAGGCUGUGUCCAUCGAGGCCCAGAGGUGAGCGGGAAGGAGAGGAGUCGGAGAGGGAGGAGACGGAGAGUAGCGACGAUAACACCACACAGUACUCCAUUCACCCGCCUCAGGACUGUCCGUACCUGCUGCUACUACAUGGCCACAGCCUUGUGCAGGACUUUGUCAUUUACCUACUUCCGAGACCAAGCAUUAUAUUGGGGCGACAAAAUGACAACGGAGAUGCGGACAUUGGCCUCCUUGCAGAAGAUAUCCUUCCAAAACAUUGCAUUUUUCAUCGCAAUAGCACUGGCGGACCAACCAUGCUGUGCCCCUUUCCCCAUGCUGUCGUCACAAGGAAUGGCAAUAUAUUCAAAGACAAAGUCCAACUUUGCCCCGGUGAUGUCAUUGGGCUGGGGCAAAGCUACUUGUUUCUAUUUAAAGAUCCCUUGCUGCACAAGGAACCCGACAGUUCUGCUCCCUGGCCCAACUUGUUUGGCUCCGCUACACCUAAUGUGAUCCUCUGCAACAACCUGCCCAGCCCAGCCAGUAGAAAGUGUCCGAAAAGAUCUCCAUUUCUGAAAUCACCGCAGGGUCACUACCUGACUUUGAACUACCGAGCUGACGAUGAGCAUUGCAUCAUCAAGCAAAUAGUGGCCAUGGGGAGCACCCACGUUAAAGACGGACCUUCAUUGAGCGUUGCUUUUCUGCUGUGCCUUUGCGUUCAGUAUUCCGCCUCAUAUUUACGUACGUCGGACCUACGAAGGCUCCUGCUGCUGAUUGCAAGUGAAAUCCAAAGCGCUGUUUGGGAGCAAACCAAGGAACUGGCUGCUUUUCAGAAGGACGUCAACAAGGACAUCAUCCCAGCACUGUUGCCCCUAGUGGUGUGGAUGUCAAAUAGCCUGGAGAUACUCCAGUUCAUCCAGUAUCAGCUGCCUGUCAUCUUGGAGUGGAGAACAAGUGAAGAGGAUGAAGAAGGAAAGGCUGGGGACCUUCUGGAGUUACAGCUGUCCUGUGUGCACUCAGCCAGUGAAGAAACAAUGGCGUCCCUGGAGGAGGUCAUCCUGCUUACCUUUCAGCAGUGUGUGUACUACAUCACCAAGGUCCUGUACCCCAUCCUGCCGGGCUUUCUCAAUUGCAACCGAUCCAAGGAGACUCUUGAGGGGCCGGUCGACAGCGUCCCUGAUCAAGUCCGGCAGGUUUUGGAAGUCCUAUCUGAGACCCAGAGACUCCUCUCAGACUGUCAGCUUCACUCGGAAAUGACCACGCAGCUCGUGGCCUUCAUUUUCUACUUCGUCAAUGCAUCGCUCUUCAACUUGCUCAUGGAAAGAGGCGCCGAGCCAGAUUUCUAUCAGCGGUCUACCGGCAUCCGCAUACGGGCCACUUUGGACUUGCUGUUGAACUGGGCCCAGACAACCGGAUUGGGGAAACUCGCUUUUGAGUACACGCGCACACUCUCAGCGGCUAUCAAUCUUCUUACUACGCCAUGGGAAAUUCUACACCAGAGCUCUUGGGCGUCGUUACGAUGUGACUUCCCUGCACUGAACGCAGCUCAGCUGAAGCACCUGCUCAGCUUUUACAGCCCAACAUGUCCCACCAGGCACACGUGGACUCCGUGUGCCCGGGACCAAACAGAAGCGCGCGCAACCGAGGAUAUCCUGCAGACUUUUGAUAGCCACCAUCCUCUUGUGCUACCAGAUGGGGAUUACCAGUUCAUAGUGGAAAGGCCGGUGACAGAUUUAAGCCUGCUUGAACACUUAAACAAGCUCCAAGUGUUCAUUUUUAAUCGGGCUAAUUCACAGACCAAUGGGGGGACAUCUUCUGGCCAGCAGCAGGGUAUCACCAUGGAGGCCAAAUCCAGCCAGGAACCAGUCCAAAUGGUGCCAUCAUCAUCUGGUUCACCUCCAUCCCCCCCUUGGCCGUGCCCCCAUUCCUCCAUCCAGGAAGUGGAUGAGUUGAGCUCCUGCGGUGCCCAACUUUUGUCCCAGAAGCUUCGGAAUCUCCAUCUGCAGACAAGCCCUGAGAUAAGGAGGUCAGCACUGGACCCCUCCUGUCUACUCACCCCACCCAACACCCCCCUCGUAGAUCCUGUUCAUUUGGUUAAAGAAGACCAAGACGCACAUUCCUGGUCCUCAGACGGCGGUGCAUACGACCAAGGUGGCUUAAUGUCGGAAUGCCUAUCGGCGCUGAAAGACGACCGUUUGAGUCAAGAUUACACCAGUAUGAAAAGGAUUUUCGAACUCAUAGAGGAAGAGGAGGAGGAGGCCGAAGAGAUGAGCAACCAUUUUGACGACAACAACGAUGAGAUCUUCAGUUUGGAGCUCGAGCGGGACCAAAGCGGUCUUGGGCUUGCUCUAGUUGACACAAGGGAUAUGUCAUUGAAGGUGAAAGGCAUCUUCAUUAGGGCAGUGGUCCCGGACACCCCUGCAGCCCGCUGUGAGAAGCUCCAAGCAGGAGACAGGAUCCUUGCUGUUAAUGGAAUCAGUCUGCUUGGCUCCCAUUGUCUAAAUGGCAAGGAGUUGAUGCAAUCAUCAGGUGACCGGCUGAGGCUGCUGGUGGCCAGAUCUGAUUGGAUGGCCAAGGCUAUACAGACUGAAUGCUGACGCUGCAAAAAUCAUCCAGAUAAGAGUUGGGGUCCAAGAUCACUUAGAAUAAAGAAUUGUAGCCUAGCUGACAUGAAUGGGGGCAAUGCUUAAUUUUGUCAAACCUGGUGUUGUGCUUCUCACCAUGACCACCACCAAGGAAAACUGGAUUGCUUCUUCUCAAAACAAAAUGCACUAUAAUAAAUGUGUUCUCUUUGGACUUUAAAGUCAAGUUAAUCGUUUCUGUGAAUAAAAUGUUUUUCAAGAA